GCCAACAUUGGUUUUGAUAUUUUUAGAACACCAGAGAGACGGCUGCAGCUGUCAAGCAUAUGCAUGUAAAGCGUGCUACACGUUAUUUAAAAAAUGUUAUUGCCAAGAAGGAAGUUGUUCCCUUCACACAUUUUAAUGGAGCUGUAGGCAGAAAAGCACAGGCUAAGGCAUGGGGUGUCACACAAGGUCGUUGGCCAAAAAAGAGUGCAGAAUUUCUUCUGCAGCUAUUGAAAAACGCUGAGAGCAAUGCUGAAUUCAAGGGACUUGACACAGAUCAUUUGGUGAUUGAACAUAUUAUGGUAAAUGCAGCUCCAAAAAUGAGGAGACGAACAUACAGAGCUCAUGGUAGAAUUAACCCAUACAUGAGCAGUCCAUGUCACAUUGAGUUGAUCCUGGCUGAACGUGAGGCGGCUGUACCUCGACCAGUGGGUGGUGAAGAUGAGCCAGUAAAAAAGAAGGUCUCACAAAAGAAAUUGAAAAGACAAAAGAUGAUGAUGAGAGAAUAAACCAUGCACUGACCUGUACAGUUAAUACAAAUAAAGAAAAAAAACUGAA